AUGCAACCAACGGUCAGACUGUUGCCGUCAGCUACUCUACUCUCCGCUGGUCUUAGCAUUCACCGUCGCCGUCCAGCCAAGCCGUCGCCGUUGUCGUCCAAUCCAUCUAACAACUCCAUUCCCCCUGCAUCCUCCACUUCCAUAGUAACAAUGGAGCCUCAGACUCAGGCUAUAUUUGUUCUGUUUGUGCUACAAGAAGCAUCAAAUAGUCAAAGACACACAAGUGAUCAAAAUAUGCAUAAUGUUAGUGAUCAUGUGGAUGAAGAUGUAACUUCUGAUGCGGUGGAUAUGGAUCAAUAUCGCAUAAACUCUUGGGAAGAUAUUGUAACUGAGAGUUGGGUAGUGAGAGAUUUUUGUGAUGAACACAACCAUGAGCUUGUUGUUCCAAAGUUAGCAAGAAUGUUAAGAUCUCACAAGAAAAUGACUGAGCCUGACAUUAGUCAAAUGAACCAUAUGAAAGAGGUGGGGAUCAGCAUGCCAAACAUAUUUGGGUCAUUAGCUAGCCAAUGUGGUGGGUACGAGAACGUUAAUUUUUCAAUUAAGGAUAUGCACAAUCAAGUUGCGAAGCAAAGAAGACAAUUACCUGAUGAUUUAACCUCUGCAAUGGCUUACCUGGAAACGCUAGCAGCAAGGGAUCAAAACUUGUUCUAUAGUGUUGAAAAGGGCAGAGAAGGAGUGUUUCGGCAAAUUUUUUGGUGUGAUGGCCGGUGUCAGUUGGAUUACGAUCUGUUCGGGGAUGUGCUAGCAUUUGAUGCCACAUAUAAGAAGAAUAGAUACAGAAUGCUGGUGGUAAUAUUCUCGGGAGUUAACCACCAUAAUCAAACAGUUGUAUUUGGUGCUGCGAUAGUUUCGAAUGAGAGGAAAAGCACCUACGCGUGGUUACUAAAACAGCUUCUCAUAGCAAUGAAGGGAAAGACACCGACUUCAGUAAUUACGGAUGGUCAUCACUCGAUGGCUAUCGCUAUUCAGGAAGUGUUUCCGAAUGCACAUCAUAGGUUAUGUGCAUGGCACUUGAUGCGUAAUGCAACAAGCAAUAUUCACAAAACUCAGUUUACGAAAAUGUUUACAAAGUUAAUGCUAGGUGAUUACGAAGUUGGUGUGUUCAAACAAAAGUGGGAGGAAAUGGUUGGAUUCUUUGGAGUGAAAGAUCGGGAAUGGAUAGUAGAUAUGUAUGAAAAAAGAAACAUGUGGGCUACCGCUCAUAUCCGAGGAAAAUUCUUUGCUGGGUUUAGAACGACUUCGAGGUGUGAAAGUCUACUUGCUGUCCUCAAAUGA